GGUUGGGGCUGUGGCAGCGCGUGUGAGGGGCCCGUGCGGCGGCCACGUGGGGGGCGCGCGGCGCCCGGGCCUUCGUGCGGGCGGGGCCGGCGGCGGCGCCGAGCAGAUGAUGUGAAAAUGACCAUGGCCCAGGCUGGAGCAGUAGUUGCAACUGCAACAGGAGUUCUGCUUUUUCUCCUCUGCGCCUCCAUUCACAAAGUCGAGGAGGGUCACCUGGCUGUGUAUUACAGGGGUGGUGCGUUAUUAACCAACCCAAGUGGACCAGGCUACCACAUCAUGCUCCCAUUCAUUACCACGUUCAAAUCAGUACAGACUACAUUGCAAACUGAUGAAGUGAAAAAUGUGCCUUGUGGGACGAGUGGUGGGGUUAUGAUCUACAUUGAUCGAAUAGAAGUUGUGAAUAUGUUAGCUCCGUAUGCAGUGUAUGACAUUGUGAAGAACUACACUGCAGACUAUGAUAAGACCCUCAUCUUCAAUAAAAUUCACCAUGAGCUGAAUCAGUUCUGCAGUGCCCACACACUCCAGGAAGUGUACAUUGAGCUGUUUGAUCAGAUAGAUGAGAAUUUGAAGUUGGCCUUACAGAAAGAUCUCAAUGUCAUGGCACCAGGUCUCACCAUCCAGGCUGUGCGUGUUACAAAGCCCAAAAUCCCUGAGGCCAUCCGAAGAAAUUUUGAGCUAAUGGAAGCUGAGAAGACCAAACUGCUCAUAGCAGUCCAGAAGCAAAAAGUUGUGGAGAAGGAGGCAGAGACGGAGAGGAAAAAGGCUCUCAUAGAGGCAGAGAAGGCUGCUCAGGUGUCCAAGAUUCAUUAUCAGCAGAAAAUCAUGGAAAAAGAGACGGAGAAGCGUAUUUCUGAGAUUGAAGAUGCUGCUUUCCUAGCAAGAGAGAAGGCGAAGGCUGAUGCAGAUUAUUACACUGCUCAGAAAGUGGCAGACUCCAACAAGCUGAAACUCACGCCGGCAUAUCUGGAGCUAGUGAAAUAUCAAGCCAUUGCUGCAAACAGUAAGCUGUAUUUUGGUGACAGCAUCCCCAGCAUGUUUCUGGAUUCCUGUACUUUCAAACAUGUGUGGCAGAGGACUGCACAAGACCCCAGCCUGCCCUUGAAAGAGGCCGCAGAACCCUGUGGGGAAAGCUGCCUCGAAAAUGAAGAGAAUGCAGGCUGAUGGAAGAAGGGGAGAGACUUCAGCUGAACAAGAGCUGGAAGAAGAGGAUGCCUGGUCUACACAGAUGUCCUACCCAGCUGUGCUACAGGGACAGUGCCUGCCAUUCUGCUCUGUGCCAAUGGGAGAGACGCAGUGUGUGCACAGGCAUCCUGAACGUACCCAGCAAUUGGGUUGAUUUUGUUUUAGCAGCAAAUGUUUCAAGCUCUCUGCCUUUCCCUCUUCUCUCUUCCUAUUUUAAGCUGGUGCUUCCAAAUGAGGGAUGAUCCUGUACUAAACGUACCUAUACUGGAAUAUUAAAGGAUAGGAGCCAGGAAAGCCUA